GGAACAGUGUGUGGACCUCAAACUCAAACCAGCUUUUAUGCGCUAGUGUCUCUGUUGUGUGGAUAAUAUUACAGUUUUUCCUUGAAGAGUGUCAUUUAAAAGGAAACCUUUUUCUAACCUCUGAAGGAAGAUCUGCGUGGAAGCGAGUAUUUCCCCUGAGACCUCGCACAGUUAAACUGAGAUGAAGGCAGAUGGGAGAAGACUGUGCAGCAAAAGAUAAUUGUUCUAAGGUUGAAGAUCAUCAGCCCAAAUCUACAAUCACAUUGAACGUGUGACCAAACACCAAAUUCAUAACCGUACAAGAAAGACAGUAAAGAAGCUGACGUUUCAAAGGUGCCCUUCAUGAAUUCUGCCAAACCCUGAAAGGCAAAUCCUGAACUUUGGCUGGUGGUCCUCAGGAGACAUGUGGACAAUAAAUAUGGCUUGGUUCUGUCUCCCAGUCUGCAUGAUCCUCAUUGUUGAAAGCUUUCAUACAGCUGUCACAGAAAUCAAUGUUACUCCGCGCCUCACCUUCUCCUACAAGGCAAAAGAGAGGACAACCAAAAGUUUCUCAGCCAGCGGAGUCUACAAUUAUACUUCUCUCCUUCUCAGCAAAGAUGACAACAUGCUGUACGUCGGUGCUCGGGAGAUUCUUUUUGCGCUCAACCUCACUGAUAUCAGCGCAGUCAAGCUACAGCAAAAUCUCACAUGGAAUACUCCAGAGAAUAAAAGAGAUGAGUGCAGUUUCAAAGGCAAAGACUUGCAGACUGAUUGCUUCAACUACAUCAAGAUUUUGCUGCGCAUGAACAGCACUCACCUGUACGUUUGUGGGACACACGCCUUCAGCCCCAUCUGUGCUUACAUCAGGACUGCAGACUUUGCACUCGUCAGGAGCAACAACGGCGAGAUCAUCACAGAAGACGGACGAAGCCGCUGCCCUUUCAACCCCGAAUACAAGUCCACAGCUAUAAUGGCCGAUGGAGAGCUGUAUGCCGGUACAGUCAGCAAUUUCCAAGGAAACGAGCCGAUUAUUUACAAGAGUUUAACACAAGGAAUGGCUCUCAAGACAGAAAACUCACUCAACUGGCUUCAAGACCCAGCCUUUGUUGGCUCUUCCUACAUACAGGAGAGCCUACCCAAAGGCAACCCAGUGGGCGAUGAUGAUAAGAUUUAUUUCUUCUUCAGUGAGGUGGGAAAGGAGUUUGAUUUCUUUGACAACACCAUCGUGUCACGCAUUGCCCGCGUGUGUAAGGGUGACAAAGGAGGUGAGCGAGUUCUGCAGAAGAAAUGGACGACGUUUCUCAAAGCCCAGCUCUUGUGCUCUCUGCCCGAUGAUGGCUUCCCCUUUAACAUCAUCCAAGAUAUGUUCGUGUUGACCCCCAGCCCAGAGGACUGGAAGAACACAGUGUUUUACGGAGUCUUCACGUCUCAGUGGUAUAAAGGUGCCUCGGGAAGCUCUGCCGUGUGUUCCUUCACAAUGGCACAAGUGGAAAAGGCAUUCAGUGGACGAUACCGAGAGGUUAACCGAGAGACUCAGCAGUGGUACACAUACAACCAUCCACUGCCAGAGCCGAGGCCUGGAGCUUGUAUCACAAACGUGGCUCGAGAGCAGGGCAUCUCUUCGUCCCUGCACAUGCCGGACAAGGUGCUGAACUUUCUCAAAGACCACUUCUUGAUGGACAGUGUGGUCCGGAGUCAACCUCUCCUGCUGAAACAAAACGUUCGCUACACACAGAUCGCUGUGCAUCGAGUCCAGGCAUCCCGCAAGCCCUAUAACGUUCUCUUCAUUGGCACAGAUGACGGUAGACUUCAUAAAGCCAUUAAUGUUAACAACAAGAUGCACAUCAUAGAAGAGAUGGUGCUGUUCCCCGAUUCCCAGCCAGUGCAGCGCAUGAUACUGGACUCUGAGAAGGGUCGACUUUAUGUCUCCUCUUUCUCUGAACUGGUGGAGGUCCCAGUGGCAAACUGCACUAAUUAUCAGAGCUGUGGGGAGUGCAUCCUCUCCAGAGAUCCUUAUUGUGCCUGGAACGGGAGGCAGUGUGUAAAUGUGAAGCAGAUUCCACCAAACAGUGAUUGGAAGCAGGAUGUAGAUGAUGCUGACACAUCAGCUAUUUGCAACAAGGCAGCACCUCUCCCACGGACUGUUAAAGUUCCUCCGACAAGAAUAUCUUCAUGCCAGAUGGUCAUUAUUCCAGCCAACACAUUCAAAGUGUUGCCUUGCAAACUGCGCUCUAAUUUGGCUGAAAGGAGGUGGGAGUUCAGUGAGGCUGCAGGUCACUUCCAUUACCCCAGUCCGGAGGGUGGGCUGGUAGUGGUAGCUCAAUCUGGCAGGCAGGAAACGUAUGAGUGCUGGUCAGUAGAAGAAGGCUUCAGGCAGCUGCUGGCCAACUACUGCGUGAGGGCCGAGACCAAGCAGGAGAGCACCACUCCAACAGCACGUUCACACACGCCACAGGUCUCCCAGGAGGAGAUCAUCAUCCUGCCUGGAGAGGCUCAUUCACCGCAAAUAAACACCAAGACCUACUGGAACGAGCUGAUUGUGGUUUGUGCUCUGCUGGCGUUCUCCCUGGUGGUCUUCUUCCUCUUUGUGGCCUACAGGAACCGCGAUCACAUGAAGUCCAUGCUGAAGGAGGGCGAGUGCCCCGGCAUGCAGCAGAAGAAGCCCAGAAUUGUGGGGAAACCCGUGGAGAACUUGCCACUCAACGGCAGUACAGCCCCUGUCCCGGUGUCAGAUCACAAAGGCUACCAGACCCUAAACGACAACUACCUUUGCAGCACUCCGCCGCAUGAGUGCUCGUCCCCAGAUAACAGCAAGAGCUUCUCAGAGUGCGAGAAAAAGCCUCUGAAUCUGCGAGAGAGCCAUGUUGAGAUCUCUUCCACGUGUCCACGGCCGCGCGUGAGACUCGGUCCUGAGAUUAAAGACUCAGUCGUGUGAAGCCAGUUUGCAGUUACGCAGAGUGACCUGAAAAGAAACCGUGCACUUACUGAGAAAGACGGAAUCCUGAAAAAAGUCAAACUGAGGAACGUCAGACUCUUCACGGAGAGACAUUUCACUACAGACAUUUUGCACUUUGUUUCAUCUCUGUGGUCCAUGUGCAUUUUUAAGUUUUUCCUCCACCCCUACCUAUUCAAGUGCAUUAUAAGCAUGCUGGGGGAACUUCAAGUUUGCCUUUGGAUUUUUCACAUUCGUAUACUUCUCACCUACAAAGGAGGUGGUGUUGCUCUAUUUUCCAUCCAGGAUUCACUGACUGAAUGGCACAGUAUCAUCGUCCAGUCCGACCAUUUAUUCUGUUGGCAACACUUUUUUUAUUUCGCUCAUUUGCUCAACAUAUGUAAGAGCCCACCCUUCACUGAGGCUAUGCACUGCAGCAGGUGAACACUCAUGCACCAGAACAUACACAGUUUCAGAAGCAGAAAAAACAAAUGUAUUACACUGUCACAAAAUUAUUGACCCUAUGCACAUCUGCAACAAGGAGAGCACCACUAAGUAGCUGUUUUCAUCUGGAUGUCCUUCUUGAUGCACCACCAUGUUACAUGGAGAAUGGGCAAUGGUGAGGUUUGAACCAGGAACCUUCUGCACUGAAAACAAGCACACUUAACCGCUUGGCCACACAGAUGGUCAGUUUUGUUCAAGACAUAGGGAUCUAUACAAAUUUCAUUUGACAUGGACAAAUACUGAAAAUGUAAGUAGUGUUGACAGGAUGAAAUGUUUGGUGAAUCAACCUCUGGAUCUGCACCAAAAUGUUCAUUUCCUUGACCCGUGCCCACCAUCCCACCAGUUUCAUGAAAAUUGGUCCAUGACUUUUACCUUGUUUUCUGGACUAUAAGUCAUUUUUUAAACGUACUUGUUUGGAUGGUCUUGUGACUUAUAUUUCAAAAUGACUGAGGACCCAUGGGGGGGUGCGGCGAGAACACCAGAAAUGCUUCAUCCCAGCAGUUUGUUUUUUUAAGCAUGUGCCUAGGAUUUGUUUCUGUGACAACCAUAAACAGCUAAACAAGCAAACCAACUAACUACUGUAUAAAUGAUAUUGGUUAAAAUAUUAUUUCCUCAGUAAAGGUAAUUAAAGAAUGCAAAUGUGUAAAAAAAAAAAAAAUCCUACUUAUAACUUAAAUUACUGGAUUUCACAAACCACCAGGUUUCGUAAAGAUCUGUCCAUAUAACAAGCAAACCAGAAGACAGGUGAAAACAUAACAUCCUUGAAGUAAAAAGUACUGAGCAAUACUGACACUGCCACAUAGAACCCAAGUUGCACAGUCCCAUCUUUGUUUUUUGUUGUUGUUUUUAUAGCAACCAUCCAAGUGUAAAAUGGGUGUAAAACUUGCGCAGAGCUGCAUAGGGUCAAUACUCAUCAUUUGGGAUUAAACGAAAUUCAAAGAUGAAUUGUGAACUGACUGGAAAGAGGCACCACCUCAACUAUAACACACCAAGAAAUGACACACGGUCAACAUAAAGAUGAUAAAACUGGACAUUAUGUUAAAGGGAAAA